AUGUUAACAUCAAGCCACGACAGCUAUGGCAAAAAAUCGCAGAAAAAGUGCACUAUACAGAAGAUGCAGGUAGAUCGCAUUCGAAAUAGCAAACGUGUCUUUUGCAGCAUAAUAACAUGUCUAGAUGAAGCUGAACGUGACGAGAUGCUCUACUACUUCUACCGCGAAGGAUACGUUUCGCGUCGAAGCACAAUAGCGAGAGCGACGGCAAAAUUACACGAUACACGUGUAAACAUGGAGGUGGUGCCACGUGAAUAUGCCUUCCUCCGAGAUGGCACAGCUUUUCUGCAGUACAAAACUGCAGAUCUACACAUUUAUUUCUCUCGCAGUAUUAUCGAGAAAGCCGCAGGAGCUGGCCUUCAUGCGUUAGUGGGGGACGGCGUCCAUGAUCUACAGCCGGACGCCACUAACAAAACCGGCCAGCUAUAUACUAUUCAUGGAGUACUGGUAAACUCGGUGGAUGUACCACUACUUUUUGCCAUAACCAGAAGGAAAAACCAACGCGUGUAUGAAACGAUCUACGGGAACCUGAAGGAUGCUAUUGUUGCAGCUGGAGGGCCUCAAGACAUCCGGAUUCUGCUGGACUUCGAACAAGCCGCUAUAAAGGCAGCGAAGCGGCGCUUCCCAAGCGCGUCCGUCGAGGGGUGUGCCUUUCAUUUGGCACAGGCAUGGAAUAGAAAGAGGGACGCGCUUGGGCUGCGCCCACAGGUAAGAGGACCCUCCAGCUGUGCACGGGUUCGGUCGUGGUGGGCUACUAUAAAAGGGUUAAUUUUCUUACCAAAACACCUGCACACUAGGGUCCCCGCGCUUUUCCGACCACCAGCUUCCUUGGAACCUGGUGUGUAUGAAAAGUGUGCUGAAUUCUUAGUAUAUUUGCGCAAUAACUGGUAUGAAGGUCCUUUCAGGGAUUUAUGGCAAAAGUGGGAUAUAACCCAUUUGCGUACCACAAACGCGGCGGAGGCCUUCCACAGGUUGGCGCACUCUAGCCAUUUACGAGACAUGACCAUGUCUUUUCUUUCCUGUUUCAGACAGAUAGGUGUCCUACUGGACGUUAAACACCCGCGUAUGAGCGACCUCAUCCGCACACUUCAAGGAUUCGUCACAACCGCACGGAUGGCUCUCAUCAGGACUGAGAAGAGAAGAGCCGAAGAAAAGAAGCUGCACAAGAAGGACAUCCUGCGCCGUCGCCGCAUUGCUGCGGAAAUGUCGCGGUUCAAGGCCUUGCUGCGAGAGAACCGGGCCUUCAUCCGCACCGCGACAAUCACAUCUUAUUGUCGCAGGAUGUCCAGGUUUAUAACGGACAAGAGGAAGAAGAUUACACACUGCCUUCAUCAGAAGAAGAAGAUCAAGUGA